AGUAAAUAACAAAGGCCCAAUUAAACGGCCCACAUCAGCCCACGGGUGUCCACGACCCGGCCUUUUUAUUCUUCCGUCUCCUCUGCUAACAAAUUAGCCCUAGUUGCAGGUCGCAGGUUUGCCGAAUCGCAGGUCAUCGCCAUUUUUCACGAAGUGCUUCGCUACUGCCAUCAAAAGGGAUUAAAAAUGGUGCAGCGGCUCGUUUAUCGCACACGCCAUAGCUAUGCGACCAAAUCUAAUAAGCAACGUGUUGUCAAAACACCAGGUGGGAAGCUUGUGUAUCAACCCACAAACAAGAGGGCUAAUGGACCCAAGUGCCCCGUUACUGGAAAGCGGAUCCAAGGGAUUCCUCACUUGAGGCCUGCUCAGUACAAGAGGUCUAGAUUACCCAGGAACAGGAGGAAUGUUAACCGUCCUUACGGGGGAGUCCUAUCAGGUGGUGCUGUAAGGGAAAGGAUCAUUAGAGCAUUUUUGGUGGAAGAGCAGAAGAUUGUGAAGAAGGUGCUGAAGAUUCAGAAAACCAAAGAAAAGCAGGCUGCUAGGAGCUAAAAAUGCUCCCCAAGAUUUUAUAGCUUUGUUUCUGGUGUAGUUUUUUGGUGAAAUGAAUCAUGACUUGUGUGCUCUGGAUCUUGAGUUUUUGGGCAUGGUAGUGUUUUGGCUUUUUUGACCAUUGAGAGAUGAUGAUGAUACUCUACUUUCUUACUCCAGUUUGUGGUAAAAUUUGUUUUUUCUUGGGCGGGGUUAUACUUCCACCC